GCCAGCCAGCCCAGGCGCACCACUCGCUGCAGCAGCCCCUGACGUGCGUGUGUCGUUAUCCCGCCCGUUUGGACGGUGAGCAGGACCCGGGGAUCAAGGCGGGGGGCACUGCGUGGUAUCUAGAAACUUCCCACAGCUACUACAGCUGUUAAGAAUGGCCAACAGGGGACCUACAUAUGGCCUGAGCCGGGAGGUGCAGCAGAAGAUAGAGAAACAGUAUGACGCUGACCUGGAGCAGAUCCUGAUCCAGUGGAUCACCACCCAGUGCCGCAAGGAUGUGGGCCGACCCCAGCCUGGACGUGAAAACUUCCAGGUCUGGCUCAAGGAUGGCACGGUGCUGUGUGAGCUUAUUAAUGGACUAUACCCUGAAGGGCAGGCCCCUGUGAAGAAGAUCCAGGCCUCCACCAUGGCCUUCAGGCAGAUGGAGCAGAUCUCUCAGUUCCUGCAGGCAGCUGAGCGCUAUGGGAUUAACACCACUGACAUCUUCCAAACUGUGGAUCUCUGGGAAGGAAAGAACAUGGCCUGUGUGCAACGGACGCUGAUGAACCUGGGUGGGCUGGCGGUAGCCCGGGAUGAUGGGCUCUUCUCUGGGGAUCCCAAUUGGUUUCCUAAGAAAUCCAAGGAGAACCCUCGGAACUUCUCGGACAACCAGCUGCAAGAGGGCAAGAACGUGAUUGGGUUACAGAUGGGUACCAACCGUGGGGCGUCUCAGGCAGGCAUGACCGGCUACGGAAUGCCACGCCAGAUCCUCUGAUUCCCACCCUGCUCCUGUCCUCCUGUGAAUGGUUAAUAUAUAUGUAUAUGUAUAUUUUAGCAAUGACAUUCCUUGAGAGCCCCUGGAGAUCUUCGGCUCCUCUCUGCCAGGGUGGGGAUCCAACCUGUCCUGUUGGCAGCCUCUCCUCCUGUGCUUACUAAUACAUUCUUUCCCCACCCCCAUCAAAACUGGACCAACUUUUCCCUGGGACCAAAUUCGGGGUGGGGUGGGGGUGUUAGUCUCCCUCUCCCCACCAGGCCUCUCCUCUUUGCCUCUGACCUCUCCUGACCCUGAGUUCUGUACUCUCAGUCCAUUCCUUGGCUGGAAGUCAGGGAUGCUGCCCUCUGACCUGAUGCUGGACUGGCCAUCCUUCCACAAGUAUGCGUCUUCCACAGCUGUGGCUGCAGGGACUUAAUUUAUAGGGAGGGGCCUGCGGCCACUGCCACCCCAGCCACAGCUGGGCUGUACUCACUGCACAUCUGGGGCAGCCUUCCUUAGCAGAGGCCCUCUUGGCUUUUUAUUUUCCACUCCCCUCUCUGUGGCUGAGGGGUGAGGUUGAAGGGACAGAGGGGGGAGGGCUGCCCACCAUGGUCUGGGGCUUGAGAAAUAUGAGUGUGCUGAUUUAAAUAAAGAAUCCCAGUGUUUUUUGGA